AUGACCAACGCCUAUAUCAAAGGCAGCUUCGAUCUGCGCACCCCUGGGGAGAUGCUCAAGGUGGAUGAGCUGAAGUGCAACCCAUUUGCAGCCAGGAUAGUUGAGCUCUUCAGUGAGAAUGGAAGCGGAGAGAUCAAUUUCCAGAAGUUCGUCAACAUCUUCAGUGUCUUUAGCCCCCGAGCAACGCAGGAGACAAAGAUGGUGUGGGCCUUUGCCAUCUGGGAUUUUGAUGGUGAUGACUUAAUAGGCCCCAGGGACAUAAAGAGAGGGGUACAUCUGCUGACAAACGCUGACAUGGCGAUCCUGAAUAUUGAGGACGACGAUGAGUCACCAGAGCAGCAGACCAGCCGGCCGCGGCGGAAACGGCGCGACUCUGCCAUCCUGCGAGGCGAGAAGCUCACAGAAGAGCAAAUCACUCAGGCAGGGCUCUGCUGCUUGCAGAUCAAUCCUGGAAUGCUGCAUGAUGCUCUAUUGGGUGCAAACCAUACUGAGUGCGACACCAUCUUUGAGGUUGCAAGAGACUCAUCAAGGGCUCAUACAGCAACUGACUGGGGCUGGGUCACUGACAGGGGUUGCAUCUUUGAGGCGCUACCGAAUGGGGUCGGACCACUGACUGCCUGCAGCCAGCCGGACUUUCGGAAGCACCGCAGUGCAUGGCCCCUUUUGAGAAGGACAUGUGACAUCAUCUUUGUAUCUCCAUUGAAAGAUCUCGUCAUAGAGCUGCUUGGAAGGGAGGCAUGCAUCUUCAAUGAUCAGUAUAUUAUAAAGCCGCCUCAUGCUGGCGAAGCGUCAGCUUUUCCAUGGCAUCGGGACUGUGACUGGCUUGGAGAGUGUGACGUGGAGAUACAGCCUUACAUAUCGGCAUGGGUUGCCCUGGAUGAUAUCACAGAAGGUGAUAAUGAGCAGCACUCUGGCACACUGCAGUCUUCCAAAUCGCGGCAGCCGUUUGAGGAGAGCUUGGAUGCCACAGGUCUCAAUGGGCAGCAGCUGGCAGACCUCAGCGAUCAGACGCUGGUUAAUAAGGGUGUUGCCAGCAAACUCCAAAGAAUGCAGCUUCUAAACAGGCGAGAUGAGCUAUUGCUGAUGGAUGAAGAAGCAGAGAAAGACAAUGACCCCAUCCCAUCUGCCAGCAGAAACAACAGCAUGGAUAAUGUGGAUGACACUUUCGUCCUGAAAGAGCGCCUGGCCUCGGUGGGGGGCUUAAGUGCCUUCCAGGCAGAGGCAGGCACAUCUCUCGGACUGGCUCUGCAUGCCAUUGAACCCGUCCUGUCCAAGGCGCUUGGCAUGGAGCUGCCGGACAGGGUGGCGUUGGAGGCUGCAUGGGCGGAAGGGAACGCUGCGACCGGGCCCCACGGCCUGAUAAGGCAGCCGGCCAUGCGCCUGUUCUGGCGGCGCUGCUUUGGCGCAGCCGAGGAAGUACCCUGGGACGCCUUCUGGACGCGCUUCCCCAAAGAUCUCGAAAGGGUGUCGGCGGCGGAGCUGAGCGAGGUGUUUGUGUCCAAGGCCAACCGAGAGCUGCUGCAGAGGGCGCUCAGCCGCGGCAACGCCCUCAUGCUGACGGCGGUCGAAGUCGACUUUGCAUUCGCGCCAGGCAGCACCGUCAUCACUAAUUGCCACGCCAUUCUCUCGGCUGCCGCCCUGUGGCGCUCCCUCAGCCGGGGUGGCGCGAGGGCGGGGAAGCUGACAGCCGGCCAGGGCGGCAGCGGCAGCUAUGCGCCGGCAGUGACGGGGCUGCCGCAUGCGCCCAGCGGCAGAGUGCUCGCUGGACUGGACGCCUCUGUAGAACAGGUCGCCAGCCUGCUGACUAAUGGCUCGGACCCCCCGCAGGCGGUGGCCAUCGUCGGACCCCCCGGCCAAGGCAAGGCGACGCUGGCACUGGCAGCGUCGAGGCACCUUGUGGCGUGCGCGCAUUGGGAGAACGCGUACUGGGCUGACAUGGCGGGCGCGGUGUCAGCCUCGGAAGCUGCUUUCCAGCUGCUCGCUGCGUUUGGGAUUCCCUCGGAGUCGCCGGAUGCAUCGCUGCUGCAGGCGUGGCUCACGCGCAACCAGGCGCUGCCCAUGGGCCUGAUUAUCCGCCUGCCCGCCUGCCCGCCAGCUAACGUCACCGCUCACCUCACCCACCUGCUCCAACGCCUGCUCAAGGUGGGCACACAGCUGCAGGUCAUCAUCUGCGCAGAGGAGCCGCUGCCCCUGCCCAAACUAAACACAGCCGUGUACAGCCUCAAGGCGCUGCAGCUGCCAGCUUCCCUGCAGCUGCUGCGGCAGCUUCAUCCACAGGUUCAUCAGCAGGCGUGGCUGUCAAAGAUAGCCGCGGCAUGUGGGGGGUCACCGCUGCUGCUGCAACUAUCGGGCACGGCACUGAACAAUGACAUGAUGCCCGCCAAAAUGGUGCACACCGCCCUCACCUGCCCAGAAGACGGCUGCACCGCACUCGAAAUGCUGGUGCGCGGAAUGGCAUGCAGUCUGGAGGAGGAAGUGCUGCACGCAUUUGUGUUGCUGGCGCUGCUGCCUGGCAGCUUCAGCUUUGGCCCUGCCGCAAAGCUUCUCGGGCUGUCGGCCGCGCCGGCGCAGGCGCGCGGCCGGCUCCGCGCUCUGGUCCGGGCCGGGCUGCUGACCGCCACGGGGCCGGGCGGUGGCAUAGCAUCGGAGGAGGCGCGGUGGGAGAUGCAUGCGUCGGUGCGCGAUGCGGCGUGCGCGCUGGCCGACGAGCUCGGGCUCGGCCACGCUGCUGCCAGAACGGGCCUGGUGGAGUACUUUGCGCGAGAGCUGGGCGCCGCGAUGGAGCUGCAUGCGGCCAACGCGCCGGUGACGGCCGCGCGGCUGCUCGACCGCGCGCAGCCGGCCGUCACCGAGGUGCUGGCGUGGGCAUUGGAGCAGCCGUCGCAGUUGUCGGCGCAUGCGUACGCGGCCAUCGUGUGGCACUGCAUGCCCCUCCUCGCUCCCCGCCUGGACCUCUCUCAACGUCAGGCCUUCUGCGAGGCGGUGCAGGGGUUGGCGGAGGCGGCAGGGUACGCGCUAGGGGCGGGUCAGGCGCAGUGGCAGGUGGGCUGUGCACUGAGCGACCAGGGGCUGUGGGCCGAGGCGGAGCAGCCACUGCGCCAAUCAUUGGCCCUGCUGGAGUCCCAGCUGCACCCCGACCACCCUGACCUCGCCUGCGUCUGCAACGGUGUUCCCUGCUACCUGCCGAGCAUGCCAAUUUUCAAUGCUGUGAUGCAGCUGGGUCCCACACACCCAGAAGUGGCGACAACAAUGGCCAAUACGGCCGGCCUGCUCAAAGCCAUGUCCAAAUUCGCCGAGGCCGAGACGGUUUACCGCACGGUGCUGGACAUGAGGGAGGCUGCGCUGGGGGGAAGCCACCCGGAGGUGGCGGCGUGCCUGAACAACCUGGCAGUGCUGUUGAAGAGCGUGGCGCUGUCCCUGGCGAAUCUGGCGGCGCUGAUGCAGGUGCAGGGCAAGUACGGGGAAGCUGAGGAGAUGCUGCGGCGCGCGCUGUCCAUUCGCGAGGACGCCCUUGGCCCAGACCACCCCAUGACGGGGACGGGAAAUACCCUGGUGUAUGUAUGCAUCGCGCCCCCGCCAGUGGUGGUGUCUGUCAAGCUCUUCUGGCUGGCAGAAGCAUUGCCGUCUAAGUGGCUCAUGGCCAUGAUCGGCCACAAAUACUCGCUCGCGGGCUUUCUGGUGGCGGGCAAUUAUGUGGCGUUGGCAGCGCUGCUGCGGGCGGCUGGGCGGCGCGGGGAGGCGCUGACGUAUGCGCGCGUGGCGCUGGAGGCCAAGCAGCGCGCGUUCCCUCCCAACCACCCAGAAAUCGCCGCCGCCAUGCUCGCCCUGGCCGACACCCUGCGUGACCACGCCAGGUAG